CAAUCUACUAAAGAUUGCUUUUCCUGGCUCUACCUUAACACCGAUGGGAGAUAAGAAAAAAAAGCCCGAGCUCUCUAUCGCACUCACACUCCCACACAAAAAUAUCUAUUGAAAUCGUUAUGCAAUUCCAUUGACAAUUUUUCCACAGUUGAGGAAAAUCAGUUGGUGAUGUGCGAUGAAAAAACAUCUCAUUGUUGGCAUUUUUGUGUACCUGUGGUGUCUGUCUCUCGCGACUGAUGUUCAGUCUCGUGGAAACAUUCUCUGCCUCAUGGGUGUUCCCUCGCCCAGUCAUCACAUUUGGAAUCGAUCCCUCAUGCUGGAACUCUCAAAACGUGGCUACAAUUUGACGAUACUCACCGUGGAGAUUGAAGAAUCCCAGCCCAAUUUUCACUUCAUCACCAUGGAAGAUGUCUAUGAAAGGAUUCAAGCUGAGUGGAAUACAGGAAGUACAGGAAUUGAUCUUCAGAGAAAAAAUCCCUGGGCUCUUGUGGUUGAGUCAUACAAAUAUUAUCACUUUGUCUCUCAGAAAUUAGUUGAAACCAAGGGAUUUCAGACACUCCUGAACUAUCCUAAUAACUUCCGAUUCAGUGCAGUUAUUCAUGAUUUCACCCUUGGUCAAGUGCUCUUGGGAUUUUUGGAUAAAUUCGGAAAUCCUCCUUUAAUAUCUGUGACUCCCUUUGGAGCUCCUCCUCAUUCUUUCUCUGUGGCUAGGGACUCUCUUCUGGCCCUCUUUUCUCCUCAUUUUGCUACAGGAUUCCCUGGAGAAAUGGGUUUUGGUCAGAAGAUCACUAACUUUGCCACACAUUUCUGGGAUUUUAUCUACAGGGAAAUGGUAUUUUUACCUCAGGAAAAUAUCCUGGCCAGAAAAUUCUUCCCAGAUGUAAAUUUAAGAACUCUUGAACGUCACUCAAGCUUAGUUUUUGUGAAUAGGGAUCCCCUCAUUGAUGGAGGAAUUCCCUUAUCUGCCAAUGUUAUCAAUGUUGGAGGUCUCCAUGUCAAGAGAGAAGGAUGGCUGCCACCUGAAUUAGAGCAUGUCCUCAACUCUUCCCCUAAAUCAGUGAUUCUCUUCAGUUUGGGCAGCAAUAUGAGAAGUGAUUUACUAGGACAGAAAAUUCUAAGCAAAUUUGUUAAGGUUUUUAGGAAACUCAGCCAAUUCACCAUCAUCUGGAAGUUCGAGGGGAAGAGACCCUCCAACUGGCCAGGCAAUAUCUUAACAGUGGACUGGGUUGAUCAGAACAAAAUAUUAGAGCAUCCCAAUGUAGUGCUCUUGAUCACCCAUGGUGGACUUUUGAGUGUCCAGGAGGCUGCUUGGAAUGGAAUCCCCAUCCUCGGAAUGCCUUUAUUCAUGGAUCAGCAUUCAAACAUCGCAAGGUCUGUCUCACGAGAGAUCGCCCUUGAGAUUGAUGUGAAUUCCUUCACAGAAGACGAGCUUGAAUCAAAGAUCCUCAGUCUGAUGGAUAGAGGCAAGAUCGCCAGAAAUCUAUCCAAAAUGUGGAAAGAACAAGAGCCUCCCCUAACUAGGGCAGUUUCCUGGGUGGAAGCAAUUGCGGAAAAUGGAGAACUUCACCAUUUAAAAAACAGUAUCAGUUUCUUUGAUAUUUUAUUACCAAUAAUCCUUAUAAUUAUCUUAGGCAGUGUUCUCUUGAAUUUUUUGGUGAAAAUCGUAAAAAGUUGUGUAAAAAAGAAGAGUAGAAACCCCAAAGCCAAGUUGCAAUAAAUAAAAAGUUAGGGUUUGAAAAAA